CCCAACACCAGCUGAAUUGAUCGUCAGAACCUUCAACCUUCUGCAUUCUUCUCCAGCCAUGAUGCUGAAUACAGUGCUGCUGUGUGUGGCUAUCCUCCUGGCAAUUCAAGCAAUGCUCACCUCAGGCUCUAGCAAUGGUCGCUUUGAAGAUUUUAACUCUGGCACUAACAAUGGAAGAUACAACUACCCAGAUUUACUACGUAAAGUGAAGGAAUCAGGAUUGGUUGUACCAGGAAGUUUGCAAGGAUCAGAGGCUCUCCGAACAGACAUAGGAGCAGCUCAGGAAGACCUGAUAGAGGAUUAUAGUCUGCUGGACCCAAGGCAGGCAAUAUCACUGGAGCUUUCUUCCCGUGAAGAGCGUUCUCCAAGGAGGUGUAUCCAGCUUCACGAGUCCUGUGUUGGUCACCUGCCCUGCUGUAGCCCGUGUGCAAGUUGUUAUUGCCGAUUCUUCAAUGCAAUUUGCUAUUGCAGGAAAACCAGCACUAAUUGCCACCAAGGCAAAAACUAGCAUCAACGUGCUUAAUGGUCCGUCAGGACUAUCUACUAUGCGAUGCUUUGUAAUAAUAUUUGAUUGUAUUUUUACCUCUAUUUUCUCUAUUUGAAUUUCUAACUUGCCUUUAUAAAACCUCUUGUAAAGCUAUUCAGGGCAAAGUAACAAGUUUGUUUUAGAGCAGGCAGGGUAAUAAGCACUUACUUUCAGUGGGUUUCUGUGCCAACCCAAGCCCACCCAAGCCAACUGCAGUCCCCUCAAAAUUGCUGAGUAAGACCCAACUCAACAUUUGAUUUGAAGCUUACACAGUGUAGAGAAUUCCAGCCCCGUGUGACAAAUGAGCGUGUGUGUAUGCCCCAUCGGAAAUUCCGAUGAAUUCCAUCAGAGUUUAGAUAGAGAACAUGU